CAGACAUGGGCACACUCAGUCAGCUGGUGACGGUCGUGUGGAAGGAGCUGUGCGUGCGCGCCAUGCUUCGCCAAGGCUGGCUAUCGCUGUCCGAGUGCCUGCUCGGACCUCUGUUCUGCCUUGUGCUCCUGCUGACCACGGGUCCACCGUUCGCCGACCGGCUCCGCGAUGUGCCGCUCAGCAGCAUCCAGCUGGUAGACUGGCCGUGCACGGUGGUCGACAAGCAGCUGAUCUUCCGACGGGUUGCGUACGCGCCACACGCACCCUACUCGAUGCGCCUCAUGGAGGCCACCUUUCGCGAGUACAGCCCCGUCGAGGGCCUCGUGGGCUUCCAAGAUCCGCAGUCAGUCACCGAAUUCGCUCGCACCAGAGCCAACGAUUCGGACGCAUUCGACCUAGUCAUCGUGUUCGACAACCUCCGCAAAACAGAUGAUAAGCCUCCGGAGGAUCUGCGUUACACACUUCGUUACAACACGAGCCGGAUGUACCUGCUCGACGACCGCGACGACCGGCGUGGCUACUACCCGCUGCGACGAGACUACGUGCUACCACUGCUGUGCUUGCUGGGUGACAGCCACCUACGUCUCACGGCGCGUGCGCUGGGCAGGCCGGAGCCGCGUUACCCCUGGCGAACGCGCUCCUUCAGCACCGCCCGGAAGCCCAUCGUCGUGAUGCACCGGGACUUCAGCGCUCUCGCGUUCGAGCUGGGCGUCGUGUGGCUGCUACUCAACUACGCCGCGGAUACAGUUCGCGACAAGCGUCUGCGACUGCGCGAGUUCCGGCGCAUCAUGGGCCAGACUGGUUUCGUUUACUGGUUCGAGGUUAGAUGA